CGGCUGGUCACCCAUCAGGCGCGUCCCCAGGUGGCGGAUAGGGGAGCGACCGUUGCAAGGUUCAUCAGGGAUUUAUGCCUCGGCGGAAUGUUGUAGGCGUACGUCUGGGUGAACUUGUAACGGCCAAUUCGUAAAUAGCACUGUCAUUUUCGUGUAGUGUAAUAACGAGUCGCGGACCUGACCAACACACCCAUAAUGAAAGGUCGUAAUCAGCAACGCCCCGAGUAUCCGGCGCCGAAAGGCACGGGCUUCAUAAUCUCCGGAGACCCAGUCGGUGAUGUUCCUGGGCAGUGCAUCAUCGAUGGUCCUGCUAGCUCCCAACCAAAAACAAGCCACCCAAAAAUUCACGUCGUUCAAGCCAACUUGCAUCACUGCCGCGCAGCCAUGUUUUCCAUGGAUGAGAAGCUGGCGGUGCUAAGAGGAGGCGUUGGAUUACUUCAGGAACCCUGGGUAGUUCGACAGGAGGUGAAAGGGAUUAACCCAUCUAGGGGGAAGCUGUUCUAUAAAAAGGACAGCAAUACUAAGCACUGGCGAUUUGGCAGUUGUUAAGGUAGAUAUAAAGACCGCCAAUGGGACGCUGGAGGCGAUCUUCGCUUCGGCAUAUAUGCCAUAUGACUCCAAAGAUCCACCACCACCCGUGGAGGUAGCUCAGCUCGUGGAAGCUUGUGAAAAGAACUCCUGGGAAUUGAUUAUUGGAGCAGACGCUAAUGCACAUAAUAUAAUAUGGGGCAGCAGCGGAACCAAUAAACGUGGUGAGCUUCUGUUGGAUUUUAUUGUUACAAACAAUUUAGAAAUCGCAAAUAAAGGAGAUAAACCUACAUUUGCAAAUAGACGUAGGAAAGAAGUAAUUGAUAUUACUAUCUGCACCCCUGUUAUAUCGGGGUUAAUCGAUGGUUGGAUUGUCUCUGAUGAUCUCACUAUGUCAGACCAUU